AGGUGGGCAAGCCUAGCGGUGUAUUGUGGGAGAGACAGCAGCUACAGACCAGAGGCACACAAUAUGUGUUGGCUCUCGCCGAAAAGGAGGCAGUAUUCUUCAAGCUAAAUCAUGUAAUGUAAGCGGCGAAAGGAAAGCGAUUUCGUCUUUUCAUCAAUUGGAAAAAAAUAAACACUCGAUCGGACGAACCAUGUCCAAGCCAGGCGAGAAGAACAGAUUGAACGAAGACCAUGGCAGAAAGCAGAGUUCAAGUUUGGCGAACGGCAUGGACAGUCAUCCCGUCUGCGGCUCGGCGGAGAAGCGGAGUCACCACUGGAGAAGUUACAAGUUGAUAAUCGACCCGGCGCUCAAGAAGGGAUCCCACAAACUGUACCGCUACGAUGGACACACUUUCAGCAUGCCCAACCCCGGGAUCCCGCCGGUGGACAUCGUCCGAGACCCGAGGAUCGGUCGACUGUGGACUAAGUACAAAGAGACGGACCUCCCGGUGCCCAAGUUUAAGAUCGAUGAGUGCUACAUCGGCCCGGUGCCUCCAAAGGAGGUGACGUUCGCCCGACUCAACGACAACAUCAGGGAAGGAUUUCUUACCGACAUGUGCAAAAAAUUCGGCGAGAUCGAGGAGGUGGAGAUCCUGUACAAUCCGAAGAACAAAAAGCACCUGGGAAUAGCUAAAGUUGUUUUCGAGACCGUGAAAGCCGCCAAAGUGGCCGUGCAGUCGCUGCACAACACGUCUGUUAUGGGAAACAUCAUCCACGUGGAGCUGGACCCGAAAGGUGAGAAUCGCCUCAGGUACUUCCAGCUCCUGAUGAAUGGCAGCUACACUCCGCGGACCCUUCCUGUUGGUGGAGAGGAAGCCAGAGAAGUUUCCCCUCGGAGCCUGGCAGAAGCUUUGCUGGCCUGCGAGCCCAUCCGCAGGUUGUCAGAGAGCGGCGUGGCUGCAGUGGGAGCAACGUUGCCGCCCAGCAGCUCCAGUACUCCCCUCACCCUGGAGACGGGCUACUCCAGCCUAAGGCAGGACACACCUCAGUCCCAGGGAACCCCUCAUACGCCACGCCAGGCAGGUACACCCUUCUCACAAGACUCCAACUACUCGAGUCGUCAGUCCACGCCAGCGUACCAGUCCAGCCGUCCUGAGAGCUCCGGAGGUUACAAAUCUCGCAGACACGAGAGUAAGUUCCAGGACGCGUACAACCGCAGACCGGAGAGGCCUCAGUACCGCAGCAACAUGUAUCGAAGUACGUCGGAGCAGGUCGCUUUCAAACAGCACCAGCUCACUCCUCCCGAGCCGCCACCUUCCACCACCUCCUUCACCUACACGGCGCCUCCCCCCGCUACGCCCAACUUCAAGUCCGCCUUCUCGCCCUACCAGGCUCCUCUUCCCCCCGCGUUCCCCCCGUCAGAGCCAGCUUUCCAUCACCCGGCCCAAAGGGAGGGUGAGUACCUCCGACCUCCACAGCCGCCUCUAGCAGCCGCCACUGACUUUUUACCGGUCAAGGAGAGACCAGAGACUCCUCCGAUCCCAGAACCCCCACCCGAGCCCAUGCCCCAUCCAACCACCCCUCCUCCUCAGACGCCAGAGCACUGCCCCUCACCCGGCUCCCCCGUGCUGGAUUCAGAGCGCAAUAGCCUGGAUUCCCGCAUCGAGAUGCUCCUCAAGGAGAAAAGGACAAAACUGCUGCCUUUCCUGGAGGAGCGGGACUCGGACACUGAGGUGCAUAUGGAGGGAAGUCCCAUUUCCUCCUCCUCCUCUCAGCUCUCCCCAAUCCCCCCUUACACGAGCGGCUCCCAAGGAGGCCAGCAAAAUUCCCGUCCCUCGAGCACGGGCUUGGAGGAUAUCAGCCCGACCCCACUGCCAGACUCGGAAGAUGAAGAGCCAAUUCCUGGAACUGCCUCGUUGAUCAAGAGGAUCAGCCCUCCUCUCCACGACAAGAUGAGCAACAGUGACCUCAAAGACGGACCUUUUCGAGGCCACACUCCCACAGAUAAAAUGGACACGGGUCAUCAGUCGUCGGGAGAAGACAUGGAAAUCUCUGACGACGAGAUGCCCGGGACUCCGAUCACCGGCAGCGACUGUGGCAAGGGCAUCGUCGUAAACUCGGCAGUGUCCCCGAUGCAGACCAUGACCAUCCACCCCGCUGGCUACCACCCUCUGCAGCACCAAGCCGGCUUCGCCAUCCCGCACCACCACCUGGCCCCUCACUCCGCCGUCCCGGGACACCCCGCUCACCUGGCCGCUCACCCCGGAGUGCCUCCCCACAUGCUGCCCCACAUGGGCCCCUACCCGCACAGCAUGAUGCCGCUGGUGCAGAUGGAGCUGAUGAACUGCUUGCGGUGGGAACAGUGGAGCACGGUUCCCAUGUCCUUCCAGAUGCAGCAGCAGAUGUUGAGCCGCAUGGCUCAGACCAGAGGACCCUAUCCUUAUCCACAUUUUAUGGACAGCGGGGCCACUGGGCCCUUUGGGGGACCUUAUGCGCCUCUUUCCAUGGGUGCUACGCCAGCAAGCAGCACCGGAGCACCCGGACAGCAAUGGCAGCAUCCCAGUUUACCAAAGUUCAACCCCACUGUUCCUCCUCCUGGAUAUGAGACUAAAAAGGAGGAUCCCCACAAGGCCACGGUCGAUGGCGUGCUGCUGGUUAUUGUGAAGGAACUGAAGGCCAUCAUGAAGAGGGACCUCAACCGAAAGAUGGUGGAGGUGGUGGCUUUUAGGGCUUUCGAUGACUGGUGGGAUAAGAAGGAGCGUUCUGCAAAGGCUUCUUUGACUCCAGUCAAAGGUACGGAGGGGAAAGAAGAGGAAAGACCCAAACCCAAAGAAACGAUGGGUUCAAGUCUGCUGGAGAACUGGAACAAGGGUGAAGGACUGGGCUACGAAGGAAUGGGCCUGGGAAUCGGUUUGCGAGGAGCCAUCCGGUUACCGUCCUUCAAGGUGAAGAGGAAGGACCCACCUGAGGCUGCAUCAGCGGGCGACAACAAACGAGCCCGACCCUCCACUCCAGUCGAUGACGAGCUGGAGGACGAAGACCGGGAUCGAGACCCAGCUGAGCUCCCCUCAGAUGACUCCAAAUUGGACGGUGACAGCACCUCAGCGAAGCGGCGACACUCGCGACCGCUUGAGCUGGACAGCGAAGGAGAGGAGGAGCUGGACACCUCAGGGAAGGAGGAGGAGUCGCUGUCGGACAGGGAGGAGGAGCCUGAUGAAACAGUGGCAACGGACAGACUGUCCUCAGGCAAGGAGAGCGGCGAUGAGGAGGGUGAUGAUGAAGACGAGGGAAGGUCAUCCAGCGACAGCGCUUCCUCAGAUUCAUCUGAUGAUGAAGCCGAGAGUUCAUCUUCCUCCAAAGCCAGCUCGGGCUCCUCAUCGGAAAGCGAGGACUCCUCUGAGUACGAGUUGAGCUCGGAAGAGGACGAGGACGACAGGGAGGACGACAGGGAGCCCGCCACACAAGAUGCGGAGCACGAUGGCAAAGAGGCCGAGACCUCCUCGUCUUCUUCAUCGUCCUCGUCCUCGUCUUCUGAUGAGGAGGCAGGGGAGGUGGAGACCAAGCCUCCAAGUCCUCCUGCAGUCCCAGAGGUUAAAGAGGAGCAGAAAGGCAGGGAGGAGCUGAGCAGCAAACCUAAAUGCAGACCUCCUAGUCCUAAAGAGGAGCCAGCGGAGGACGUGAAGCCACCGUCACCGAAAGGCGUCCCAGUGAAAGACAAAGUCGUAGAUGGCACCGUUCCCGUGGUGAAGUCGGAACCUCAGGAGCAUGUAGCGAGUCUUCGGCCACCUACUCCCACCGGCGCCCUGCUCGACAGCGACCAGGAGACAAAAACCAAAGGUAAAGCAGAGCCCGAAGAAGUAGCCUGCACCCCCGGUCGAUUAGCCCCAUCCCAGGUAGAUCCAAACGCACCCGUUCCCAAGUCGAUGCACCUCCCUCUCCCUCCUCACCCGGCAGUAGAAGGCCGCUCCCUCCUCCAUCCACCCCCUGGUCCUCUGCCUGACUUCCCUCAGCGGCCCAGGCUCCCCACGGAUGAGGACAUCCCCCGUACACCGGGCAGGGACCUGAUGGAGCGCGCCCGGAGUCUGGGUAAGUCGCAGAGCACCGACACAGUGCCCAUCACCCCUGGUGGAGACGCCCCGCUGACGGGUAGCAGUCUGUUGCUCAGCUCCCCUCACAUCCCCGGUAGUCCCUUCUCCUACCCCGCACAGUCCCCUGUCCUUAGCGCUGGAGUCCCUCGCACUCCAGGAAGAGACUUAACAUUCACCCCCGUCUUCCCCGACCCCUCAGCACUGACACUUAAUAGAAAAAUAUCCUCUGAGAGUUUGGACGAUAGACCAGUUUUUAAGGAGCCGCCCAUCAGCGCUCUGCCUAACCAGGCGCUGUCAGCCAGCGCAGAGCGCUCAGCCAGCAUCCCUGAAGAUCUACCUUCUGGUCUCCCUGUAGACGUCCCGGUGCCGUCAGACACCACGCCGUCCAAGAGGAAACCUGGACGACCCAAAGGCAAAAAGACCCCGGCUGUGUCUGUGACCGACGAGUCUUUGGAGCUCUCAUCCGAGUCCACACCGCUGCCUCACGAAACAAAUAUAGAAGAUCUGUCUGUGCAAACAAUCUCUGCCAAAUCCCCCAAACACCCGAGCCUGGACUUCCGGGAAGGAGAAGGCGAGCCUCAGACGGUGCUGCCUGCAGAAGACGGCUUCCUCUCUUACGAAGAGGAGGCGCCUGUGACGGCCAAACCAGCUCGGAGGGCUCGGCGAGGCUGGGAGGAGCUGCUCCUGGGCAGCCUGUCGCCCGUCACCACGCCUCCCCGGCCGUACUUCACCCCACGCUCCGAUUUCGAGGAGAUGACCAUCCUGUACGACAUCUGGAACGAAGGCAUCGAUGACGAGGACAUCCGGCUCCUGCAGAUCACUUACGACAAGAUGCUGCAGCAGGAUAACGGCAACGACUGGCUCAACGACACGCUGUGGGUCAACCAUCCUCAUACCAACGUCCCUGGAGUGAAGAAAAAGAGGCGAGACGAUGGCAUGAGAGAUCACAUGACCGGCUGUGCACGAAGCGAAGGAUACUACAAGAUCGACAAGAAGGACAAGAUCAAGUACCUCCAGAGUACACGGCUGCAGUCGGAGGAGCCGCCGGUCGACACUCAGGGUAUGAGUAUUCCUGCACAGUUCCACGCCUCUACCAGAGCUGGCUCAGAGCGGCGGUCAGAGCAGCGACGUCUGCAGUUCUCUUUUGCAUGUGACAGCGACCUGCUGAAGUUCAACCAGCUGAAGUUCCGUAAGAAGAAGAUCAGAUUCUGCAAAUCUCACAUCCAUGACUGGGGUCUGUUUGCGAUGGAGCCCAUUGCUGCUGAUGAAAUGGUGAUCGAGUAUGUCGGACAAAACAUCAGACAGGUGAUCGCGGACAUGCGUGAGAAGCGCUACGAGGAGGAGGGCAUCGGCAGCAGCUACAUGUUCCGCGUCGACCACGACACCAUCAUAGACGCAACAAAGUGUGGCAACUUUGCCCGUUUCAUCAACCACAGCUGCAACCCCAACUGUUAUGCAAAAGUCAUCACAGUGGAGUCUCAGAAGAAGAUCGUGAUCUACUCCAGGCAGCCGAUCAACGUCAACGAGGAGAUCACGUACGACUACAAGUUCCCCAUCGAGGACGAGAAGAUCCCCUGUUUGUGUGGGGCAGAGAACUGUAGGGGAACGCUGAAUUAAGUCGAGGUCAGAAGAAUCCACAAACUUUUCUUUUAAGUCGCUCGGACGCCAUGUUAAAACCCUGGACGAGGAGGAACUGAAGAAGGAAGGUUUUUGGGGUUUUUUUAAAUCUCGGAGCGAGGAGCAGAAUUUGGCAAGUCACCUGGAUGAGAGUUCAGCUUCCUGUACUGGACUCUUCUCAUAUUUAAACUCUAGAUUGUUUACGAUUUAUGGUGCUCUUACAAUGAAAAAAACACAUAAUUUUUCUUUAUGUGUAAACACUUGACUUGCUGGUUGCAGCGUUUCCUCCUCCUGACAGUAUUUCGGCAUAGUUCCUUCCACAUCCAGUCCUGGUUUCUACAACUUUUUCCUUCCUCUCUCAUUCGUCUCAUAAGCUUUACCUACAACCACACGUGGUACAUAAAAACACAGACUCACAUGUUCAGCUGCUUACUAACACUGUUGAAGACGCACAAGCCCCACCAGGUGAACGCCUCUCGGUGGGAAGAAGACGUGAUCGGCGCCCCGAGUGAACGGCGAUCGAUGGCGUUUCCAUCCAGCAGCAGGUGGAGAGCUUGAAACGCCGUUUUCUCGCCACUACCUCGUCUGCGCCCUACUUUUUCUUGCGAAAUAAAUCAAACUGAUGAGAAAACGAAAAUCACAAAUGGUUCAAUUCUACCGCAAAAUCUGGAAAAAUUCAAACCCCUCACCAGCCAAUAACGGAUCGUGCUGCUUCCUGUUAGUUUAUGCAAAAAAAAAAAAUUGUAUUAACGAUAUUCCAGUGUUUUCCAGUGCUUUCCAGUUUUUGUUUAGGUAGUUCUCCUCUCGCUCGUUUCUCCGAAGACACUAUAUUUGUGUGUUUGUUUGCGUGAAUGCGUGUCCGGCCGCAGUAUUUAUCAUCAUGUCUUGAUGGUGUGUGAGAAUGUGAGUGCGCUGCCCCCUGUGGGUCGCGGCCAAGAAGGCCAACCAAUCAUGCAGAGCAACAAAAAAAAGCAAAAAAAAAAAAAAAUCAAUUCCUCGACUGAAAAUACGAGUUAAUCUUCAGUUUUCAGCUAAUUAUGUCUCAUUUGAAGUGCCAUAUGAAUGUGUAUCUGUAUUUUUUUGUCACGAAGAGGCCGACAACUGAUUGGAAAGUCAGAGAUUUGUUCACAUGCAUGUGCAAAAAGAGUCGCUGCCUAGUUUGGGUGUUUGGUGAUGAUGAUGUUUUGGCUUCUCUCAUUCGUCCCUGGGAUAACUGUCUUGUGUUUGUGCGCUCAUAGACUUCUUUUGAACUACAGCCCAGUGUUGAUCGAAGAGUUUCUACGGCCCAGCCAGCCUCCUCACGGCCAUGAGGGUUGUUUUUUCUUUAUAAACUCGUUAAGAUUUAAAAAAUCAGAAAAAGAAAAAUGAAAAAAAAAACUUGUGAAUGCACUUGAGGCUUGCACUUCUGCAUUAUCCCCUCUCAUCCAAUCAUUUCUCCUCUAAGACCAAGUCAGUCGUUGCUUUUCAUUCAUUUUGGAUUGAUAAUGGAGGUUUUUCACCAGUCAUGUUCAUAUUGUAUAUGAUUACUUGUACAGAAGAUCUAAAGUUCCUUUUUUUAUCUUCACAAGGGUAACACUUUUAAGAUUUCUUUCUCUUUUUUAAACAAAAAGACUGAGUAUUUAAAAAAAUAUUUUCAGGGAUCUGUAAAAGGAAUCUGAUGGUUUAAAAGGUUGUUUAUUUAAAGAAAAAAAGACCCACUGUGUACAGGAAAAGUCUCCGCCUCCCUUUUUGAAAGAUUGUUUCUUGUAGAAACGUCUUCAUUUUUCUGCCCAUUUGCUUUGUAAUCCUAAAAAUGUGUAAAUACUGUAACUGUGAAUACUAUAUAAAUAUAUAUAUAUAUAUUUUUGUUCCCCGGGAUUUGCUACGUGAUCACAGCUCUGACAUCUAUGUAUCAUAAUGAGCUGGUAGCAGGAAAUUCAGCUUGUGUCAAGCUUUGUUUUUGUUUUUUUUAUUAUUAUUUUCUGUUGUAAAUUCUAUGAAAAGUUGUUUGCGGUGUGGAGAGAAAAAAAGGUGCAGAAUCGGCACGGGGAGAGGACUGAAGCGUCAGCCCGGUUCUCGUGUCUAUUUAUUAUACAACAAAUGUAUGAAAAAGGAAAAAAUGGAAAUAAAGCAGUUUUGCAUACAUCCAUAAA